AUGCAUAUUUGUUCGACGCAUUGCGGUGGUCUAGCUGUCUGAACAAGAUAACGAGACCGACUUUUCGACCACGAUGUAGGCGCUGCUGUCAUGAGUCUCGCCGGCUUAUCCAUCCGCCCUUGAUUAGGAUGGCCGAGGCUAAACCUCAAUGUCGGUCCGCCCGCCGCUAAGCCCCUCCUUUCGCAUCUCUUCGCGAUUAUCAAUGCCGAUAUUGAGAUCGAAGAUUCGCCACAGUUCAAGGCCAACGACCGUCUCUUGCACAGUGUGCGUAAUGUGGGCGAGUGUCGCUUUUGAGAAUUUGGCAUUGUACUCUCUUGGGGUGCUCGACGUGCUUGCGAUCAAGACACUGCGUAUUGCACUCCCUCACAUCUCGAGACAUGAUGCUUAUCUUGAGUGGCGAGUCAACAGCUGCCACCUGCGGCUCAUGCACAACAACGAUCAUGCCAGUGAACGCAAUGGUAUAAUAGCCAUAUCACUCAUUGUCCUUCUCUUACUAUCCUUCUGGAGUUGUCAAUGUCUGUACGGGCAUCGCUCGCAGAAGGCGAUCAACGAUGGUGGUAUACGUCUGUUUCGCAUGCGGCGGCGGCGCCAGCGUGGUUGUGGUGUUCGAAAUGCUCCUCGUCCCGGGUGUAACAUGCCUCUUUAAGGCUUAUAGUUGAGAGGCGAAUUGCGUCUCUAGUCAAUGUCCACGCAUCGCACUACAUAUGCCAUCCUAGACAUGGAGAUAGGUACGCGCAUCCGGACUUCGAGCGCCUCUCUCUCAC